CAAUGGCGGAAGUGAAAGUAACAAAAAAUCAAAUGUCUACGAUGUGUUCAUUUUCAAGAUCAUUUAUAUUGAUAGAUUAGUUUCUAAAGGUUGAAUAUGGAGAUUUCAGAAUUAACUCGAAACUGUCUGGGUGUUCUGAUAGCCAUUUUGUGUGUGGUAAUGACUGCAUUUGGAUUUUGUGUGAUUUGUGGUGCGGUCUUCCUGAAGCUGCAUAUGGACAAUUGGACAGUUUUAUUUCACGAGUACGAUCCAAAGAUCUUGUUUAUUUCUUUGUUAACUGUCGGGUGUGUUAUAUUCCUUCUGCAUAUCUAUGGUACGAAACUUGGCUACGCCACUGGUUUUGUUGAGACCAGAGAAGCUUAUCAAAUUGGUUUUAUGCCGCUAAUGGUCUUCAUGGUACUUUUGAUUGUUGGUAUGGUUGUUACAGGAGCAUUGUGCUUGGUCCAUAGGGAUUGGUUAGCCGAGGGAUUUCGAAAUGGUAUGUUAUCCAGAAUUAAAAUGUACAGGGACGAUAUGCACGUGAAGUCAGUUAUAGAUGAACUUCAGAUGAGAUAUAAGUGUUGUGGGAGUUUAAGCUACAAAGACUGGUUUGAUGUGAGUUGGAUCGGUAAAGGUUUUGUCGAUAUUGAAAAUCCAGAUGUUAAGAAGAGGAUGGAAAAAGGACAAUAUAUCACUGACGAUGCACCAUUUAGUUGUUGUCAAAUGGAAUCUAUGAGACCGUGUAUAUUUCAUAAAGUUACACAAUAUGAACUUCAUCAAAAGUAUGACGAGAUUACGCUGUAUAAAGCUGGCUGUUCGGCCAAUUUAUCAUCUUUUUAUGAUAAGUUUAUUCUGUAUCCGGCUUUAUGUGGUUUGUUUGGGGCAUCUGGAGUUGAGUUCUUCAUAAUUAUAUGUUUACGUCAUCUACAGACAUCAAUAAAUGCGGCAGAUAAUUCAGGUUACCCUUCUGGGUAUGGAGAUUCGAAGUGUUGCGCUCCAGAACCAGCCUAUAACCCCCAUUCUUAUAGAAUGAGAGAAAGACAAGGUUAUACAAGAGGCAGAACCAGUGACGGCUGGGAUAGGAAUUAUUCUAACAUUGGUAACAGCAUAUCAUACAAUGAAGAUUUAGAAUUAAAAAUCCCAAAAGAAGAGGAAAGCGACAAAGUUGUUCUAUCAGCAGAAAAAACGGCAAGCGAUGGAAACAAAACUACAAAUAAUCGUAAAAAGAAGUGGUUGGGACAACAAAAGGGUUCUCAAAAUGACAAAACUAAACAGGAUAGAAUAACUACUACUAUUAAGAAUGACGGGAUCAGAAAUUCCAACACCCCUAAAGGCAGUAAUGUUGGCAAUUUUUCAGAAGAAAAAGCAAACGAUCAAAGUAAAACAUCGAAUAUUCAGAGAAAAAAAUGGUUAGGACAAAGAAAAAAAGAUAGUGGUACCUCUCAGAACACAAAAUUUUCUACUGUCUCAGAGAAUGAAGAAUUCGGAAAUCCAAAACCAUCAAAAAGUGUACGCUUUGCAGACGAAGAAGCAAUCGAUCAAAAUAAAUCAACGACCAAACACAGAAAGAGCUGGUUAGGAAAACAAAAUCGCAAACAAUGUGUAUAA